AAUGUAGCGUCAAAUAUGCGUUGGACUGAGUGAAUUUCAGAGAAAGGGAGGAGAAAGAAGGGAGAUGUGAGACGGUGGUACAGUAGCAACCUAGCUAACUGUAGUUCUCGAAUUUUCGGUCUUCAGGCAAUUUCAGAGAUGGCAGAAGCUCACCAGGCCGUGGCCUUCCAGUUCACCAUCACACCGGAGGGCAUCGACCUGCAGUUGUCCCAUGAGGCUCUAAGGCAGGUGUACCUCUCUGGGCUGCGCUCCUGGAAGAAGAGAUUCAUCCGCAUGAAGAAUAGUGUGAUCACAGGAGUUUACCCUGCUAGCCCCUCCUCUUGGCUAUUUGUGGUCAUCGCAAUCCUAGCCACCAUGUACACUCGCUCAGACCCCUCCAUGGGCCUGAUAGCUAAAAUACAAGAGCACCUACCAGUCAGUCAGUCUCUCAGUGCGCAGUGCCAGACGGUGGUGUCAGCGGUGCUCUUCAGCACGCUGCUCUGGCUGUCUCUCAUCUUCACCAUGCGCCUGUGCCUGAAGCAGCUCCUCUCCUACCACGGCUGGAUGUUUGAGCAGCACGGCAAGAUAUCAAACACCACCAAAGUCUGGGUGGCAUUGGUGCGCAUCUUCUCAGGCAGACAGCCCUUGCUCUACAGUUACCAGGGGUCUCUUCCAAACCUGCCUGUCCCUGCCGUUAAAGACACAAUCAAACGGUACCUGGAGUCUGUGCGGCCUUUAAUGAGCGAGAGCGAGUUUGAGCGCAUGUCUACGCUGGCUACGGAGUUCGAAGGUGGCCUGGGGAACCGGCUGCAGUGGUACCUCAAGCUCAAAGCACUCUGGGCUGCCAAUUAUGUGAGUGACUGGUGGGAGGAGUAUAUCUACCUCAGAGGGCGAAGUCCCAUUAUGGUCAACAGCAACUACUAUGGCAUGGACUUCCUGUAUGUGACACCCACCCCCAUCCAGGCAGCUAGAGCUGGGAACACCAUUCAGGCCUUCCUGCUCUACCGGAGAAAGCUCAACCGAGAGGAGAUGAAGCCUAGUCGUGUCCCAGGCACUGUCAUUCCUCUGUGUGCCGCUCAGUGUGAGAGGAUGUUCAACACCACACGCAUUCCAGGAGAAGAGACUGAUACCGUACAGCACUGGCAGGACAGCGACUAUGUGGCAGUGUACCACAGGGGGCGCUACUUCCGAUUAUGGGUAUACAAGGCAGGCAGGAUGCUGACCUCGCGAGAGAUCGAGCUCCAGAUCCAGAAGAUCUUGGAUGACUCCUCUCCCCCUUUGCCUGGAGAGGACAAGCUGGGGGCUCUGACUGCAGGAGACAGAGUGCCAUGGGCGAAGGUUCGAAAGCAGUUUUUCAGCACUGGAGUCAACAAGCGAUCCCUGGACUGUAUCGAGAAAGCUGCUUUCUUUGUCACCCUGGAUGACGAUGAGCAAGGAAUGAUGGGAGAUGAUCCAGCUGCCAGCCUGGAUCGCUAUGCUAAGUCCCUUCUCCAUGGGAAGUGUUAUGACAGGUGGUUUGAUAAGUCCUUCUCUGUGGUGGUGUAUAAGAAUGGAAAGAAUGGCCUGAACGCGGAACACUCGUGGGCCGACGCUCCGGUCGUGGCACACCUGUGGGAGUUUGUUUUGGCCACUGACAGUUUCCAGCUGGGUUAUGAUGAAGAGGGCCACUGCAAGGGUGAUGUGGACCCAAAGUUACCCCAACCACAGAGACUGUCUUGGGAGAUUCCCCCAGAGUGUGAAGAGGUGGUGAGCCAGUCUUUGGCGGUGGCCCAGGCUCUGGCUGACGACGUGGACUUCCACGUUUUCUCCUUCAGCGACUUUGGAAAAGGAAAAAUUAAAAAGUGCAGAAUUAGUCCAGAUGCCUUUAUUCAGCUUGCUCUGCAGCUGGCUUAUUACAGGGACAGAGGGCUUUUUUGUCUGACGUACGAGGCCUCUAUGACUCGCCUGUUCAGAGAAGGGAGAACGGAGACCGUGCGGUCCUGCACCAACGAGAGCUGUGCCUUUGUGAAAGCGCUCGAGAGUGGAGAGGAUGAAGACCUUUGCAGACGCCUGCUUCGACUGGCUACGGACAAGCACCAGAAUCUGUACCGAAUGGCAAUGACAGGGGCAGGGAUAGACAGACACCUCUUCUGCCUUUACGUGGUCUCUAAGUACCUGGGACUGGAGUCACCUUUCCUGAAAGAGGUGCUGUCAGAGCCUUGGCGCUUGUCCACCAGUCAGACUCCAGUUCAGCAGGUUGAGCUCUUUGACCUGGUCAACCACCCAGAGUACAUUUCCUGUGGCGGGGGCUUUGGUCCGGUGGCUGAUGAUGGUUAUGGCGUGUCCUAUAUUAUAGUGGGGGAAAACAUGAUCAACUUCCACGUCUCCUGCAAGCACUCCUGUGCACAGACUGACUCUCACAGGUAUGGUGCUCAUAUCAGACAGGCUCUGCUGGACUUGCUGCUCCUGGGAGACCCAGGUAGACCGGGAAAGGCACAGGCCAAGAAAGACCUGUAGACACGCGAAUGGGCGGAGCGUGGAAAGUGAAACGGGAUUGGGUAGGGAAAUGGUUAGAAAAGAUAGUACUGCAGCACAAAUAAGUGAAUGGGGGGGGGGGGGUGAAGCACACAAUGGAAAAAGCAAACUCUUCUAUGUGAAAAUGGGAAGUGCAACUUGUAGUAGGAGGAAAUGGAACCUCAGAAAGACGAUAGAGAAAUAAGAAAUUGAGGGAACCAAAAGCCAAAAAAGGCUUUUUUUGAUGAGGGUUAGUAGGACAGAAAGCAAAAGGGAAGCAUAGAGAUUUGCAUCUUACCAUUUCAAGGUGAAUGUUCUCAAAAAAUGGCCAGGUUUUGGCCGCAACAUUUGGAAAGCAGUUCAAUGCAAAACCCAGACCAAACCUCUUGCUAUAACUAAGGCAUUCUGGUGAAUUUUGAGCACUUACUGAUAUAGCAUAAAAAGUGUGGACAUUUGCACUUAAUUAUGUUGUUGAUUUUGUAGCUUAUUCCAUAUUUAUUUGUUUUCACAUUUUUGCUUACACUGCUACAGAAAUUAUAUAUGCCGUUGAAAUUGGAAGCUGGAUUUUCAAAUUAUUGCUAAAAAUGUGUAUAAUGCAAUACAGCUCAGUUAAGUAUGGAGUAGUACAGUACUAUGUAUGUGCUGUAUUUCAGCUUUUCUAUUUCCGUGUUUCUAUAUAUUAUACACUGACACACUGCUUUACUAGACUGUACUCAAAUGUGGCUAUCCGUGUAACGCUUGUGAUGGUACUGUCAUGUAAUGACACCAGAGAGCACCAGAGCAUGAAUGUGUUACACUGUAUUUUAUCUGGAGCAAAUGCAGUGAAAUGGCCUGGUCUGUACACCCCUCUGAUAGGUCAUUAUCCGCACAUUGUAAGCUAAGUCGCACAUUGGCUAUUCCUAGAUAUUAUUUUAGCGUGCAGAUCAGUGGCAGAGCUGGCUAGGGCCAGUUGGUUAGGAGAAUUCAAAACGACAGAUUUUGAACAGAAAAUGAGUUAUUUGUUACAGGGUUAUUUUUUCACAUUUCCUUUACUAAACACUGCAGUAUUUUGCCUUUGAUGCAUUUAUUAUGUUAACUUUCAUUUCAAGUGAAAACAAGUAUGCAACUACAUGCUUAUUUUUGUAAUAUACAGUUUAGCCCCACACUUUACUUGGAACAUUAGCAGUGAAACCUCAGAGAUAGAAAUCCUUUCGGACUGGGGGUCAUUUGGAACUCUGAGCAGUUUGAAAUUGCACCCGAUUUAAUUUUAAUAUCGUAUAUUCAAGUGCUUACUUGUAUUACUGUUGGUAAUUUUAUCCAUUAACAACAAAUAAUCAAACUAAUAUAGACAGGGAUGUCAUGGGAAUAUAUUUUUGUCAGCUUUCUGAAUAAUAAUAACAGGUCCAUUACUGACCCCUGCUUAGCGUAAUGAAUGUAGCCAGUAUGUGUUGAUUAGAGGAACCGAACUAUUGAACAAGAAAUGCGCUAAAAGGCAGUGGAGCGCAUUUAAAGAAAGCGAUGGCUGGUUCUUCCCUUCAUAAGACAUGAGGUCAGUAAAGAAACGUAAGGGGAGCAGUGAUCUGCGGAUGUGCAUUCUCUGUCAAGCGCAACUGAAACUGCCUCUAGCACUUAAUGAAUAAACGCCUGUGUCAGUGAGAAACACACAGAAGUGUGUCAACGUGAAACAGAAGGUACCAUUGCUUUUGUUUCAUUAUGCCGGGCCCUCAGAGACUUGUUACAAGUGCACUGAUUUUAGAUGAACCUUACAUAAAGUUAUAGAGGAAGAAGUGUGUGUGUGUGUUUUUUUUAUCCGUGGAAAGUGUUACUCAUUCAUGUUCAAAUGGUCACUUUUCUGCAUCAGCGACAACCACAAAGAAUCUGCGUUGUGUAAUACGGAGCUUGAAAUGGCAUAACUGCAUGUGCUGCUUCUGCUUUUGUACCCUGUUUGGUUGACUGGUCAGUCUGUAACAGGUUUAUAUCUCUGAGGUUCCUCUGUAUUGGUUCUAGUCAACAAUCACAAAUAAAAAUAAUGACAUUUUAUCAUCAGUACAGGUGAACAUCUUGAAACAUUUGAAACAUUUGCCAUCAAUGCAUUUCACAUGCUGUACAUUUUAGGAACGAUUUACAAUUACCUGACUGGUGAACAGUGACUGAAAAGUGAAGUUAAGUGUCUUCAAAAUGUGCACGUGCCAGUGACAUAUUUCUGUCCCACCACUCUUUAUUUAAGGAAUUUUGUUUUGAAGAAAAAAAAAACAUGCCAUUAGAAUAACACGUUAAGACUUAUUUGGCCUGUGUCAGAUAGAUGAUGCAUAUUAAAUACAGAGAGCUAAGGAAAUAUUAGUGUUUAAUUUACAGCUGUCAGGACUGCUGUGGUUUUCACACCUGUACAUUAUAAGCAAAAGCAUGAGCUUCCGUGCUUGGCCAUGCUUGUGACAGUCUACGAGUGUUUGCUCAUAUUGUUUAUUGGAAGUCAAGAAGUUCAUGUAUUCUCUGGACCGUUGUAUAGACCUACCUGCUUUUUACAGAGGUCAAAUCCGAAUAUAUUUGCCAAAUGUGAGAGCAAGAGCAGUGCAUGCCAAUUGUUGGUGCUAUAAUGCAUGAGGUUGGGAUUGCCCUGUAGGCUUAAUCGCCCUUGAUCGUACAAAGAUGAUUGCCAACUUAUUGACAGCCAAAAGGCAUUUUCCCCAAACUUGAAUCUGGCUUUUCCUUUUCCCUAUUCUGAUGUAAAAUAAAUAAAUAAUAUGAUGAAAAUGUGCUAUGAUAUUGAAGGGGUGUCCAGCUAAUGAGAAAGUAUACAUGCCUUUGUUGAGAUUUUGUGUAGAAGUCACAUUCAUUCCUGAGCUUCCUUGAUCGCAUCACACCGUUAACAUCCUCAAGCAUUCUGGCUUUACUGUAAACUCCAUGGACAUCAGGGUUGCGAGCUUGCAUCAGAACUAAUAUGGCAGGUGAUUUGACCCUUCUUAAAUGCGUCCUUUUGAUAUAAAUGUAACAUGUCCCCCGAACCACUGAUGAUCAUCCUAGGGGUAAUGAAGCUCAGAGGCUGCCAAUAGAUUAGCAACUUAAGAAAUACCAGGAGAAUUGAAAUCCUGUUUUUCAGCUUCCUCCAACUGCAUUUCAACCUCCAUCCAGCAAAUUAUUAAUUUUACAAUUGUAUUUAAUUAAUAAUGACAGUAUUUUUUAAAGUAAUAUCAAUAACUGGCUGUCAUUUGUAAUGUUCGUACACAAACAUGGCACAUGAGGGGGAACAGACUUUUAAAGUACCACACAUGGAUAACUCUGUAAUGCAUUUAAUGUUGACUGGACAUUUAUUAACUGUAUCUUGGUAUUGUACUGCCUGUGUAUUUUCAGUACAGCUUUGUGUACAUAACAUAGCAUUUAUAUAUAAACCCAAAGUUAUUUAGUUAAAGCAGAUUUGUUUAGAUGAUUACUGAUAAAUUCAGACAGGCUAGUGAUUUUUUAGGCUUGAUUAGUUUGCAAAGCUGUCAGAGUGGGGGGGAAAUUAAUAAAUUAAUAAUGGUAUUUGAGGAGUGGGAAUAUAUUCAGAUAUGAGAAUUUAUAUCCAACCGCAAUUAAUAAAAAUAACAAACCAA